CUCCGCAACACGGGCGCUUCAAGCUCCAGCACCAGUCGUCGCAUUGAGGAAGAACCCUUUCUCCGUUUGUCUCGCGAUGCAACCAGCAGCAAAUGCCUAACUUCUAUCCUUCGUUGGCGCAGUGCGCCCUUGUUGCGGCGGCCUUCAAGGUGCUUCUCUUUCCUGCCUACAAGUCCACCGAUUUCGAAGUGCAUCGCAAUUGGCUCGCCAUUACCAGCUCUCUUCCAGUUCAAGAAUGGUAUUACGAGAAAACUUCGGAAUGGACUCUCGAUUACCCUCCAUUCUUUGCUGCCUUUGAAUGGCUUCUUUCGAAACUCGCAUACUACGCUGACCCUGCUAUGCUGAUUGUAAACAACCUCGAUUAUGACUCAUGGCAAACCGUCUAUUUCCAACGCGCGAGCGUUAUAAUUACGGAGCUGGUUCUGGUAUUUGCACUGACUCGAUAUGUCGAGUCUGUCUCUCCAGCCAAUAAAAGUCUAGCACAUAUUGCGAGCUUGUCCGUUCUACUAUCGCCGGGCCUUCUUAUCAUCGAUCACAUCCACUUUCAAUACAAUGGGUUUUUGUACGGGGUCUUGAUCUUGUCGAUUGUCUGGGCACGCAAACAAUCGACUUUACUCUACAGCGCAGUGGCCUUUGCAGCUCUCCUGUGUCUCAAACAUAUAUACUUGUAUCUGUCUCUAGCCUGGUUUGUAUAUUUGCUAAGAGUUUAUUGUCUUGAUCCGAAAUCUAUCCUUCGACCUCGGUUUGUGAACACGACCAAGCUGGGACUCAGUGUUACUAGCGUUUUCGCGUUGGCUUUUGGACCAUUCGCAUACUGGAACCAGCUGCUUCAACUGAAAAGUCGACUCUUUCCGUUCUCUCGCGGUCUCACGCACGCAUACUGGGCUCCAAAUAUUUGGGCAAUGUAUGCAUUUGCGGAUCGUGUAUUAAUUCCAUUUGGCCCUCGCUUAGGCUUGUUAGUCGAUUACGAAGCCAGACAGAGUGUUACUCGAGGCUUGGUAGGUGACAGUUCUUUUGCAGUACUACCACAAAUCAGCAAGGAACAAACUUUUGCUCUCACUUUUAUUUUUCAACUGCUAUGCCUGAUCAAGCUUUGGGUACGCCCAGACUGGGAUACGUUCAUUGGCGCUAUUACAUUGUGUGGUUACGCGUCCUUUUUGUUCGGAUGGCACGUUCAUGAGAAGGCUGUCCUCCUAAUUAUUAUCCCAUUCAGUCUUAUUGCGCUCAAAGACCGACGAUAUCUCGGCGCCUUCCGGCCUUUGGCGGUAGCUGGUCAUGUCUCUCUCUUCCCUCUCCUUUUCACGGCCACUGAGUUUCCCAUCAAGACAGUGUAUACGAUUUUCUGGCUUAUUUUGUUUCUCUUCGCCUUUGACCGGGUCGCACCUGUCCCCGAGCGACCGCGAGUGUUUUUACUUGACCGAUUCUCCUCCUUGUACAUUACUAUCAGUAUUCCACUCAUACUUUAUUGCUCUCUGAUACACCAGAUCGUCUUCGGCUUGAACCGGUAUGAAUUCGUCCCGCUCAUGUUCAUGAGCGCUUAUUCCGCGUUGGGGGUGGUGGGUAGCUGGAUUGGGUUCAUGGUUGUUUUCUUCACUAGUUAGGAAAUAUGUAACUGUGUUGAUAUGUUCCGGAAAUCAAUUCCCACACUACCAUCAUUUAUUAUUAUUUCUCAUCGAGCUA